ACUCCCACAUCCCGAGUCCCGACUGCGGCCAGUGUGGUGUUGUGUAGUGGAGAAGGUCUACGCGCAAUGAGUGUGCUGCUGUACUACAAAGAAAAUCCCUACAAAAACAAUCAGUGUUCUCUGUUUCGUGUGUUGGCAGAUUGCCUGGGAAGUUGUGAAGUGCUGUACUGCAUUUGAUGAGUGCUGAAGGCUGCAGGAUGGCAGGAGCAACUAUCGACUGUAACUUUAGAACACGCGACUAAAGUAGGCUCAGAAAUUUAAAAUGUUUAUGAUGCUGUUUACUCAAGUUUUUUGCUUGUGACCAUGAAAGAGGUGAUUUGCUCCUGAAAUAGUGGUUGAGCCCAAGUGGUACCUUGAAUGUCUCUUCAAAUUAGAAAAUAUGUUUGCAUUAAAUAAGCCACAGUGAUAUUUGAAACAACCAAUGUGUGAAUAGCCUGCAUAGAACAAAACAAAGGUGGAAAAAAAAAAAAACAGCGUGAAUGUAGCCCUGUCACCUUCCUGAGUCACCACCACACAGCUCAAGAUGGGUUGGCUCGCCGCUUCCUUGCUGACCGUGACCUUCAUGAUCUCCGCGGCCACCCCUGAUGGAGGGGUGUGCCACUUACAUAACUACGUUUCAUCAUGUGUGCUCAACAUCUUGGAGGAACACAUUGAAGCUACUGCCAUCAUCAACCAUUGCCAUGUGCCCCUUGACAUCACCUUUCUCAUUGUUUACCAGUACAAGAAUAGCACACGGCACAGCUGGAAGUACACUUUUGUGACCUCAAACCAGAAUGAGAGGGUGUUGAUCCCUGGCCUCCUGUUGCCCAGUGCUCCACACGCCCCAGUGUUCCUGUAUGCUCGUGUUCCUGAAAGAGAGUUUAACAUGCACAACUCCUCUUUUGUGGCCAUUCAGGCCUCAUUCAUUGCUGAACUGGGUCGAGACAAAUGGGAGGAGGCAGACUUCCUCAAUCACACUGUGUUCAUUUCACCCUCCAGUGACUGUCACUUCUCCAGAGAUGGCACAGACCCCAUACCAUGGAUCAUAGGUGGUUUGUUUGCUGUGGCUCUUCUCUCUGGACUGCUUGGGGGUGGGUAUCAUCUCUACCGCAAGAGGAAGAUGGCUGCAGACCAGCUGGCUCUGGUGUCGGCCAUGGAGGUGGGAAUGCCGGGUGCUCAGCCUUACCAGAUGGAUACUGUGGUUCAGCAAACCAUAACAGGGGAACCUUCAGGCCGAGAGAAAACAACAGAUGACAGCAGCACAAAUGGAACAGCAGACUGCAUGGCAAAGAGGCCAAAACCACCUGACCAGGGAACCAAUGUGGAAGAACCAAGUGGAAGAAAAGGUUUCAAAUUUGGGAGACUAAAGGAAGAAACUAGUUUUCAGGAUAAUGCACCAGAGUUUGAUGAUUCUUCAGUUAUCAUUGCCAAUCCAGCAUAUCAAGAGGGAAAUCAUCAAUUACAGAAGCAAGCAGAAAUUAUUAAGCAAGAACAAGCAGACAAAUUUAGUCUAACAUCUCAGGACCACAAGCUUUGCCAAGGGGGAGGUAUAGUGAACUGCAUGUAUCAAGAAGGGGUGGAUACUUUCCAUCAGGGACUGGAAGAGGAAGAGAAAUAUCAGGAAGUGUUGGAUGAGAUGACAGCAGGCAAUGACUGUAAAGUGGAAAUUGAUGAAAGUCUUGAGGGAAGCAGUCAGGUGGGCCAAGGAGCUCGUAGGAAAGUGCGAGGAGCCGUCUCAUCCUCUACCAUUGCGACAACUAAAGUAGUGGAUGAUGGGGACUCCCAAAAGUGUUUAUGAUGGACACCCAGGUCUGAAGCAUAUUGAUCAAUCAGAAUUCAUCCAGGAAUUGUUAGAUGAGAUAGAUAUCAAAUAAGCCACUUAAAUGAUUUGCAUUUGCAAUGUAUAUGAAUACUCAUUUGAUAUGUUACAGUUGAUUGAUCAUUAAACAAUAAUGAAGUUUAUCAUUGCUGUAAAUGAGUGCUGUAUUUCAAAACAAAAAGUAAACUUGUUAAAUGCUUGCUACAUGCAAGCUGAUAACAUCAUUGUAAAUUGACAAAUAAUGAAGAUCAUAAACAAUUCUCAAAAGAUUUCAUGGAGUCAUGGAAGAAAAUCUGGAGUGAGGGAUGGGGAGUAGCAAAGUUCCUACUUUUCUUUACUCUUUCGUUCAUAAAAACACAACUGUUCAUCGUCACUUAUUUUUUUAACUAAUGGGCAUUCUGUGAAUAUGUCUUUUUCUUUUAGGCUGUAUAAAAAGAAACUAAGAAUAUUUUGAUUAGCAUCUACAUUGAUGUUUUUUGACAUGACUGCCAUCAAAUGGUCACCACAAUGUGCCAUUGUUCACUUGUGGGAUGCUUGUGGUAUAUCAUGAGAAUGUGAGUAAAUAUUGGAACCAUGAUGUGAAAUAGUGUCAAAACUUAUGGCAUGGAUUGUAGUUUGUGCCCUUAUGAAUGAAGUUAUCACUCUAUGGAGGAUGUUUUUUCUUCAUAAUGUAGAAUGAUGCGAGUCCAAUCAUAUUCAUAGUGGCAUUUCCAGUGAGUUAUUGUGCAGAAAUUUGAGAAAGUGCAGCAUCUACAAAGUGCCUCUUUAGUGUGAGGCAGGAUACAUUUUUGUCUACCUUUAUUUAUGUGCACAUGUAUUUAUUAUAAUUUUAAACUGCAUUUAUUAAAGUUACUUUGCUUGGUAAUGGUCAAAGUAAGAUGGUGUGAAUAUGCAUUUCUUAUUCAAAUAAAUGUUUUAUUAUA